UUCCGUUACUAAUGGCGACGGCUGCGUUAACUCUCAAGCCGCCGUGCGUGCUGCGACGGCCGCGGGCGGUUCAAACGACGCCGUACAAGACGAAGCGAGCAAUAAAGGCGCGAGCUUUGGGGGAUUUCGGGCACUUCGGGCAGGCGGUCAGCAAAGACGUGGAGUUUUUGAAACGGAAAAUCGGCGGAGGAGUUGAUUGGGCGAACAAGGCUCUUCGGAUUCCGGAGGUCUUCAAAGCCAUCGACGCCGUCGUUUGGCUUCGGAACCUCGAAGAGCCCUACGCGCCUCCUUUACCAGAGGCGCGUUGGCCGCAACCUUCCUAUCCAGAAUUCACCGGUGUCAAUCUAUUCGUGGCAGAUCUUAAAGCAUUAGAGGCAUAUGCUCUAUACUUUUAUUAUCUUUAAGAAGUCUAUGAUCCACAGAGUGUUGCUGAUUAUUUCAGAUGCAGGCCUCAUGUAGUCACCCUUAGACUUCUUGAGGUAGUUUCCUCCUUUGCUUCAGCUGCAUUCAGAAUUCGGACAUCUGGGAUAAAAAAAUAUUUACAACCAAGUUCUACUUCUGGUGAUGAUUAUGAAAGCUUAUCACAACAUAGUUUCGGAACGGUGUUAAAAGAAACUAUGCUAAACCUGGGUCCCACUUUUAUCAAAGGUGUGGAAGCCUACUUGUUGAUCUGGUCAUCCCUUUCCACCAGACCGGACAUUAUUGGUGCUGAAAUUUCCUAGCCAUUGUCUGAGCUGCAUGAUCAAAUCCCUCCAUUUUCCAGGAAUGUGGCAAUGAAAAUUAUCGAAGAAGAACUAGGAUCUCCUGUUGAGUCACUCUAUAGCUACAUUUCUGAGAAACCUGAGGCAGCGGCAUCUUUUGGUCAGGUCUACCGUGCUCGUACACAUGAUGGACUGGAUGUUGCUGUUAUAAUUCAACGUCCUAACUUGCGACAUAUUGUAGUGCGCGAUAUAUACAUUCUUCGCCUGGGGCUUGGACUAUUGCAAAAAAUAGCAAAGAGAAAAGGUGAUCUCCGCCUAUAUGCUGAUGAGCUUGGGAAAGGUUUUGUUGGAGAACUGGAUUAUACUUUAGAAGCUGCAAAUGCUUCUAAGUUUCUGGAAGUUCAUUCCUCCUAUCCGUUCAUGCGUGUGCCAAAAGUAUUUAAAAGCUUAAGCGGAAAGAGAGUUCUGACUAUGGAGUGGAUUGUUGGUGAGAGUUCAACCGACUUAUUGUCUGUAUCUUCUGGAAGCUCAAAAGAGGAUAGCUCCACAUACACGGAGAGGCAAAGAUUAGAUUCCAAAAGGCGUCUUCUUGAUCUGGUCAGGAUAGGGGUGGAGGCAUGGCUAGUUCAGCUCCUUGAAACAGGAUUAUUGCAUGCUGAUCCACAUCCUGGGAACCUACGUUACACGUCUUCAGGACAAAUAGGAUUGCUGGAUUUUGGCCUGCUUUGCCAGAUGGAAAAGAGGCAUCAAUAUGCUAUGCUCGCAUCCAUUGUCCACAUUGUAAAUGGUGAUUGGGCAUCACUUGUCCAAUGUUUGACUGAAAUGGAUGUUGUAAGACCAGGGACUAAUAUUAGACGUGUAAUAAUGGAUCUGGAAUAUGAGUUGGGGGAGGUAGAAUUUAGAGAUGGAAUUCCUGAUGUGAAGUUCAGCAGGGUUUUGGGUAAGAUCUGGUCCCUAGCCUUCAAGUAUCAUUUUUGCAUGCCACCCUACUACUCGCUUGUUCUACUUUCUCUUGCUUCCUUCGAAGGACUAGCCAUUGCUGGAGAUGGAAACUUUAAGACAUUUGAGGCUGCAUAUCCUUAUGUUGUUCGGAAGCUACUCACAGAAAACUCAGCAGAGGCAAGGAAAAUUUUACAUUCGGUAGUUUUCAACAAAAAGGAGUUCCGGUGGCAGAGGCUUGCUCUUUUCUUAAAAGUAGGCGCAACUAGGAAAGGUUUGAAUGGGUGUUUAGUAUUGAAACACGACACUUCCCAUGAUCAUUUACCAAGAAGAGACAAUGGUGAAAUUGAUGUUGCAAACUUGGUCUUGAAGCUUUUACCAUCUAAAGAUGGUGUUGUGCUGAGACGACUCUUGAUCACUGCAGAUGGAGCUUCAUUGACCCAAGCAAUGGUAUCCAAGGAAGCAAAGUUCUUCCGCCAGCAAUUUUGCAGAUUUGUUGCAGACAUUUUGCAUCAAUGGAUGCUUGAAGCUCUUUUGGGGGGCAUUACAACAGUUCAGUGUAGCUCCUCUUUGAGAAUGGCAAGUGGACCUGACAACAAAGAACUAGGUCCAUCUGCCAGACUUUCCACUCCAAUCUAUGAUUAUCGUUCUGUCCUCCGAGAUCGACGGCUCAAACAUUUCUCCCACAUACUGAACUCUACAAGGAAGAAUCCUAUAUUGAUGCUGAGGUUCUAUUGGACUUCCUUUGUCAUGUCUGUUGUGGCCUUAUCUAUGGCUUCUCAUCGUGUUCUAAUAUCCUUCUCCGAAGCUUACCUGGGCCCGAUUUCUUUUGCUCAGUAUGCUAUCCCCUGAUACCUCAUGUUCAACUCCCAGAGAAACCCUUUCAAAGACAAAGAUCGAGUUGCUGAAACUUGAAGCAAUACUGAUGGAUUUCAGAGGAAGAUAUGAGGGAUUGUUCUUUUUGUUUCUGAAUUGGAUUAAGGCAUCUAGGCCACCCCAAUCCUCAGUGCUUGCAUUGACAAAGGAAUUGAAGACUAUGCAUAGGUUCUUGCAAGAAAUGUGAGGAAAGAAGUGGAUUAAGGAUGGACAUACAAGCUGUCAAAGUGUAAAAACUACUGAGGAAUGUGUACAUGUAUAGGUUCUACCAAGUUCAAGUUAAUCAUCUGAUUAUGUAAAAGAUGGACAUCUCAUUACUGUUGGUAGCAAUACAGUCUUUACUUAGAAGUACAUGAAAGAUAGAGAAAUUCAUCGAUCAGUUCGAGGUGUCAUUUGUAAUUAAUCCUCAGAUGAGUACAUUAAGACACAUUUAUGCUGAGUUUGGGUAGGGGAAAAUAAGGAGAAAUUAUUAAAUUUCAGAAAUUUGAU